GCAUAUUCUCUGCCACCGACCUCUCAUUAUUCCAUUCAUGAAAUUCAUCCCUCUCCUUCCACUUAUCUUCCUGUGCUGAGCUUCGCAGACAACAGAUAUGGCGAAUUCCCUGUAAAUAUUGUAGAUAUAUUGCAAAACGCGUAUAUAGAUUUCCACCAUUUUUUAUAUGUCUAUUCUCUCCAGAGAAGCUCAAUGGAGAAGACAAUGAAGGACGGGAAUUCCAGGCACAGAUUUUUGUUUUUUUCUCUCCUCAUUUCCAUACCUUUUCUCCUCCUCCUGCUCGUCCGAUCCCGCCGGGCCUCAUUCUCCGCCCUCACGUCAACCGCCGGCUCCGGCCGAUCUGGAGGCGGAAGCGAGAUGCGCGGUCUCAAGAUCCGGCCGGGGUACAAUUCCUACGAGGCCUACAUCCAGAGGCAGCUGAACAAGACGCUCAACCCGAAGCUCCGGAAGAUCUGGACGACCCGGGACUGGGAGAGGAAGAUCGAGGUUUUCGCCGCGUUUUUCGCGGAUCUGAAGGCGAACGGUUUGCUCGCCAAUUCGUCCAAGGCGCUGUGCAUCGGCGCCCGGACGGGGCAGGAGGUGGAGGCGCUGAGGCGGGUGGGGGUCUCCGACUCCAUCGGCAUGGAUCUCGUCCCGUCGCCGCCGCUGGUCGUCCGCGGCGACUUCCACCGCCAGCCGUUCGGCGGGGAGACGUUCGAUUUCGAAUUCUCAAACGUCUUCGACCACGCCCUGUACCCCGCCAAGUUCGUCGGCGAGAUCGAGCGGACGCUGAAGCCCGGCGGCGUCUGCGUAUUGCACGUCUCGGUUUCCCGGCGAGCCGAUAAGUACUCGGCCAACGAUUUGUACAGUGUUGACCCGUUGAAGAAACUGUUCGGGCGAUCCGAGUUGGUCCGGACCCGAAACAUAGACGGGUUCGGAUUGGAUACAGAAGUAGUUUUCAGGAAAAAGAAGAAGAUCCAACGGUGACGAUCUCUUACAAUACUCCGUAUUUAUUUGUUUGUUUAUUUACUGUAUUUUAUAAAUUGAUGGGAAAAGAAUUCUUUCAUUGAGUUAAUUUUAUAAAAAGAUGAAAAAUGUAUCUCGUUGUAAAGACUAGAUUCAUAUCGGUGCAUUGCACAGCAAGUAAUUUAUUGUAAUAUACGGAGUAUAAAAUGAUAUUAUCAUAAAAAUAAAUACUUCCUCCGUCCCCCAUUUGAUUACAAAUUGGGUAAUCAAAUUGAGGUUUACGA